AUGGCGGGCAUCGAGCAGCUCGAGAUUCACAGCAAGUCCUACAUUGUGCGAUGGGUCAAGGUCGAGGAAGGCCACACGAUAUCAUGGAGUGUUCAACCACACAAGAAGUCCAUAAACUUCGCCAUUGUUAAGCACCCAGGAACUGGCGGUACAGCUGCCGGCUCCCAGACCUUCGAGGCCACCGCCACCCCCGAAAACCCGCCCACCGAGGCCGUCGUCUCCGAUGCAAAAACAGGCCUGUUCAGGAGAGAUGCCAGCACAGCGCAAGAUCAGCUCGCCAAGAAAGGCUUCAUACCCAUCAAAUGGCACGGCAAAUGCGAGGCCGACAAGGUUACAGUGGGAACAUACGAUGUCACCAGUGCUGGCAUGUACGGUCUCGUCUUCGACAACACCUUCUCCAAGCAGACGUCCAAGACGGCCACCUUCGUCCUCCUGACAUACCCGACCGGCGCUCCACCCCAGACUGCCCACCAUCUGCCUACCGUACAAGCAGGGUCCGGCUCCAAUGCCAGCAGAACAAGUCUUGGAGCCGGUGCUACUCCACGAAUUGGCGCCGCCAACUCCGACUCGGUCGAUAGUCUACACAGCCAUGUCGCCGGUGGUCGCAGCCGUGCAGUCUCGAACGCGAGGAGCGAAGGCGGAUUUGUACCGGGCGCCACUUACCACGUCGGUGUACUGCUCAAGAGACGUCGCAAGAAGGGCCAAGGUUUUGCCAGGCGCUUCUUCUCCCUCGACUUCACGACCUGCACGCUAUCAUACUAUCACAACCGCAACUCGUCUGCCCUGAGAGGAGCUAUCCCCUUGAGCUUGGCCGCCAUUGCCGCUGACGAGAGACGGCGCGAGAUUACUAUCGAUUCUGGCGCCGAGAUCUGGCACUUGAAAGCGUCUGGUCCGAAGGAAUUCAACGACUGGGCCAAGGCUCUGGAAAAGGCCAGUCGCAUUGCCCGCGGUCUGGAGACCCUCAACAACGGCGCAUCCCUCGGCGUUGACAGACCGGCUUCGCGACCCUCCACCAGCGUACCCAGCGCACAGCAGGAGGACGAAAGAGAAUGGGCGCAGGUUGAGUCCUUGGUUAGCAGAAUGGCAGGAACAAGAGAUGCUCUCAGACGGCUGGUUAAGGAUAUGGCUGCCGAGAAGCAGGGGCCUCUUGUGAGUCAGGCCUCGUUGCUCUCACCUAAUACGCCAACGAUUGCGGAGGACUCAGAGACCUAUUUCACUCCCUCAACGGAACCACGCAGGCCGUUCUGGAAGCGCAAGACCAGCAGUGCUUCCCCGGGUGCGCAACCAGGCGUUCAGGCGGCGAAUGGAACUGCGCUGGCGGUGCCGUCGCCAACCAGUGCGACGGCCGUUAAUGGCGGCGCCGGCGAGGAACGGAACACCUACGAUAAUUGCGCGGCUCUCUUGAGCGAUUUGGAUUCUGUUGUCAUGGAGUUUUCACAGUUGCUGUCUAAGAAUAAGCGCCGAAGACUCCCCACGCAGAUGAUGCCCCCUAACAUGAUGCCCGCGGCAUCUAGAAAGAGCUACGAGUCUACUACGUCUACUAUUGAUGAGUUCUUUGACGCUGAGGCUGGUGAGACGGGCGCCGGGGGACAGAACCAAGUUAUGAUCAUUCGUCAGAGCGAAGAGGACACGCCUGGCUCAGACGCGGAGGAGGUCGAUAUUCACGACUCUUCAUCAGUUUCUUCGGUCGAGGAAGAGGAGGAGUUUGAAGGUGUCGGUACAGAGAACCAUGACAGUCUGUUCCCCGUCAAGCCGAAGUCUCUUGCGCCAUUGCCUAUCACAGAUACGGUCACCAGGCGUACGACUAUUCCUGCUGCCAAGGUGCCGCCUCCCAGUCUCAUCGCGUUCGUCCGCAAGAACGUGGGCAAGGAUCUUAGUACGAUCAGUAUGCCUGUUUCUGCAAACGAACCUUUGUCACUGUGCCAGCGCAUGGCGGAACAGCUUGAGUAUGGUCAACUUCUCACGGAGGCUGCCAAGAAGACUGACGCCAAGGAGCGUCUUCUGUAUGUCACUGCCUUUGCUGUCUCUCAGUUCAGCAACGGUCGUGCCAAGGAGCGUGCUACGCGCAAGCCCUUCAACCCUCUAUUGGGUGAGACCUACGAACUGGUGCGCUCCGAGAACGAAGUGCCCGGCGGGUUUAGAGUGCUUGUCGAGAAGGUGUCUCACCGCCCUGUCCGCCUCGCCGUGCAAGCCGACAGUGCUCUCUGGUCUUUCUCCCAGUCUCCCGCUCCUUCCCAGAAGUUCUGGGGCAAGAGCGCUGAAAUCACUACUGAAGGCCGUGUGCGCGUGAGCCUGCAUCUCCCCGACGGCACCGACGAGCUCUACAGCUGGCACAUCGCCACCGUCUUCCUUCGCAACGUCGUCUACGGCGAGAAGUACGUCGAGCCAGUCGGCAGCAUGAACGUCAACAACGAGACUUCAGGCGCCAAGGCCGUCGUCGAGUUCCGCUCGUCCAAGGGCAUGUUCGGUGGCCGAGGCGAGGAAGUCCAUGUCGAGACGUUCGGGCCCGAUGGGUCCAACACCGGCCAGACGCUCACGGGCACUUGGACGAGCAGUCUCAAGACGGCCCCCGGAGGCAAGGAGAUCUGGAAGGCGGGCAGUCUCGUUCCCAACGCCGCGAACACGUACGGUCUUACCACCUUCGCCGCGUCGCUCAACGAGAUCACGCCAUUGGAGAAGGGCAAGCUGCCGCCUACGGACAGCAGGCUGCGUCCCGAUCAGCGGUUCCACGAGCAAGGCGAUUUGGAUUCUGCUGAGGAGUGGAAGGUCAAACUGGAGGAGGCGCAGAGACAGAGGAGAAAGGAGAUGGAGGAGAGAGGAGAGGAGUAUAAGCCGAAGUGGUUCGUCAAGGUGGCUACGGGCCAGGAUGGCGACGAGGUGUGGAAGUUGAAGGGCGGGAAGGAAGGGUAUUGGGAGGAGAGAGCCAAGGGGGGUGGACAGUGGACCGGGGUGCUGGAUAUCUUUUCGGGAUCUACUCUUCGCGCCCUCCACCACAGCCCCAAGUUGCCGCCUCUUUGCGACCAACAGUCUCAACCUGACCCUGACGAAGACGAGUUCGAGGCCGAGGCCGAACCCAAGGUGCGCCGGCAGGAUGAUGCUAUUACUGAGGUACACGACUCUGGUGAAUACCCCGCCCCCGCCGCCGAACAAACACCAACAGAACCAUCACGAGCAUCAUCACAACCACCGCCCCGAGAAGCUCAAGAACAACAAGCUCAAAUACGAGCAUGGAACGUCCAAGACUACGAGUACCAUUUAUCUCCGGCCAAACCUAAGCGAGCUCGAGGCCCCAGUCUGGUCAACCGUCUAGCCGAGUUUCCGGUCCGAGCCCAUCCCGCGCUCGAAUCCGUCUUCGUCAGACCCGUUACCGAAUAUCCCGACCAGUACGAGGCACGAGGGAGCGUGAGGACACACAUGAAGGACAAUGCCCGCCAAAAGAAGCUGUUGGGAACGAGAGAGUCUACCAACCGGGUAGAUUGGCGCGCCACCCUCCGAAACCUCCUCCAAUGGACACCCAGACACCUGCCCGAGCAGUUCGCCGACACCGUCAAGGUGAUUAUACCCCGCGAGACCGCCACCCGGCUAUUGUCCGACAGCGAGUACAGCAUGUGGGAUAUCAAGUCUCGGACCGGCUGCGGGAUGGUGCUAUACAGGGUUGGGGACGCCGGUUAUGAGGUAGGGACUGAGGACGACGACCCGUACUUGAUCAUUGACGGCCACCACCACUCGGUGAACACCGCAAUCGACGAGAUCUUGAGCGUGACAAGAAAAGUCACCAUCAUCUCCCGGACCCGAGACACGGAGGAGGUGCUCUGGGACGGCAAAGUAGACGGCGAAGACCUCUCCCUCCCCGCACCCAGCGUGGUCGUUUCCGCCCGCCGCAUACCCUCUUCGCGGGCGCCUUACAACGUGAAUAUCCGCGCCGACGAGUUCCCCAAGCCGGAAGAAUGGACCCGCAAGACCUUUGAGGAGUACGUCGACGCCCUGAUCAAGUCCCACAUGCCGUCCGGCCUGGCCUCCAAGCUCUACCCCGAGCACGGCCGGCACGAAAUGGCCGUCAUCCAACAGCUUGUCGCCGUCUUCAACGACGAAAGCGCCGCCCCGUUCGUCUCCAACGCCGCCUUCAAGAUGGCCCUGCACUACAUGACCCGCGGCGGCGAGACCUGGCGGCCCGAGAUGCUUUCGCUUUUCAACUACGCCCAAAGAGGACGCAUGCUGCAGCUCGACGUCGAAGUGUUCAACAUCCUCGCCGAGGCCGCCGUCAAGACCCGCUCGCUGUACCGCUUCAACUGGGUUCUAUACCUGAUGGCCACGAGCGGGUACCAGCCCAACCUGCGCACCUGGAUUCUGGCCCUGCGCAUGUUCGAAGCAGAAGAAGUCAAGCGCUACGUCCUGCAAGCCAUGAACGACAGGGGCCUGUUCAACGCGCACGGCACCCCGCGCAUGAUCGCCAACGAAAUGGCUCCCCACGACGCGUACCGCGCCGUCCAGCUGCGAUGGGACGUGCCCACCUUUUUGGCCAAGCAGGACGAGCUCUACGGCGGCGGCGGCGAGCGGAACUGGGUGUCUAUCGACGUCAUCAACAAGAUCAUCCACGUGUUCGGGUCCUACUCCAAGUUCGCCGAGAUCCGCGAGCUGCUCGAUCUGAUCUUCACCGGCAAAAAGCUGGUUGCGUACCCGGACCAGGUCACGGUCAACACCAUACUCGCCCACUGCAAGGCGCAGAAGAAGCUGGAUUUGGCGGUCGAGUUCAUCCAGCUGUUUGAGAGGUACAACGCCGUCAGCAGCAACAGCAGCAGCAGCGAAAAGCCGCGGCCGCCGUUGAAGCUGGAUACUAUGGCUUGCGACAUGCUCUUCGACAUGGCACUUUGGCAAAAGAAGCCGCACGUGUUGAGCACCAUCUGGCGGUAUGCCCACCUGGUCAACGCUACGAGCUCCGAUAUGCGGCGGAGGGGGAUUGCAAUGAUGGCGAUGGACGAGACGGAACUGAAGAAGGAGAAGUUGGUGAGGAGACUUAAGCUCGGGGAUGAGGAGAGGGUGCAGUUUCUGAGAAAUCUCUUGCUGGGCGAGUUUAUUCAGGCCAAUGGCGGUGAGGAGACAUGGGGGAAGGUUAUGGCUGGCAUGGCCAAGGGAGAGCAGGAACGCCAGCGGGAGAUGGAAGAGAUGGCCGCCGCCGAACGGGAUGGUGAGAUGCCGACCUCGUUGGGGGAUUGGUUCCAGUCUCAGCUUUCGGAUGAGUCUAACUCAACAAUUACCCCAUCAGCAACAUCAUCAACAUCACCACCAUUACCGUCAGAGUCCAGCCCAUCCAACCCAUCCGAGUUUACCCCCAACCCAAACGUCCCCAAGCUCCAAGGGCCCGAAGAACCACCAACAAGAUGGGGCGCCCUCUACGGCUCCUUCCGCCGCUGGUCUUUCACCACCCAAUUCCUCCACCUCGACCCAUCCGGAUCCAUCGGUUCCCUCCUCGUGCAAGCCCUCGACCGCGACCGCGAGCUUCACCUGGCUCUCCGGGACCCGGAACUAGGGUUCGACAUCAAAGAGCUAAUGACUCCCAUCCAAAUCCCCACCAAGCCGAGAACCGAACCGGCCUUUGAGGAAGUGGGCAAGUUAUUCAAGUAUACUAGUACUAGACGGGAACUACUUGAACGGAGGGCCUCCGCUGCCGCCGGUGGGAUGACGACAAAGAGGGAAAGGGAGGUAUCGACAAGGAAGGAGCGUAGGAAGAGUGGUCGUGACGUGGGGGAUGCGGAUGCGAAGGUUGGUGAGGUGCAGGAGGCGAUUAGGAGGCAGGCUUUGGAUAAGUGGUUUGGUGGUGGUGGUGGUGGUUUUGCUGCGAAGAACAACGCCAAUGUCGUGCUUGAAGAGGCGGCAACGACGGCGGGGGUGGUGGCUAAGACCAAGCCUUCUUAUUCUUCUUCUAGGUCGAAGAAGGUUACUGCAAAAAAUGAUGAAGAAAAGAAGGCAGCAAUCUCAAGCUCAUCAAGGACACCUAACAAGCCAACUGAAACACCAGUACCCGCAGAAGCGCAGAAGACAUUACCACCGCCACCUACAACAACACCACCGACACAACAGACACCCACAAAAUCAUCAUCAUCAAAUCAAGAAAUAAAGACAAAGGAGGAAAAAGCCGGCGGCGUUGAACCACCAUUAUCGAAGACGGCGCUGUCCGCAUUGUCGGCGUUGUCAUCCUCAGAGAAGAAGACAAAGGCAAAGAAGGAGAAGAGGGUCAAGUGGAAGGAUCUUGCUGACCUGUAA